GGUCCAUCAAUAAAAGUCACCAACAACAUCGCAUAGACUACUCUUCAGUAUUCUGUUAACAAAGUACAGUCUGACAACAGCACAGAAAAAUCAUGUCGGAGACCGCCGAAGUUACCCUGUACUACGCUCCAGGCAGCGUGGCCUCUCUGACGCUUCAGAUCGUCCUGGAGGAAAAAGGGAUCGAGUACACCACCAAAGUAGUGGACGAGGACAAGCCUAGCAAGGAAUUCAAGAACCUCUGCCCCAGGGAGGAGGUAACAUCGGUCCCCGUCCUGAAGCAUGGCGAUUUUGUUCUACAGGAGUUUAUGGCUGCCUGUAUAUAUUUGGAGGAAACCUUCGGAGGCACCAAACUGAUUCCUGAUGAUGACAUCACGAGCGAGGCCCUGGUGCUACAGCGCAUGUUCAGUGCACAGAGUAUCGGGGUGGGAGACACGACCAUCUGCAGCUACUGGGCGGACUAUGACGACGAGGAUGAUGAGGAUUACGGACCGGAAGAUGAGGAGGAAGAUGAAGAUGAGGAUCCGGAUGAGGAAGAUGCCAAGGAAGAUCUGGCGGAGGAACUCAUGAUUUGGGAGGAAUAUCUGAAAGAGGAAGGGGGUCCGUUUAUCGCCGGGAAAGAGUUCUCCAUGGCGGAUGUUUCGUUCUUCCCCGUGCUGGCUUACGUCGUGUGGAUGGGAUUCCAGCCGAAGAAAGCUUACCCACACCUGAACGACUACUACCUGGCGGUCCGUGACCGGGAGACUGUCCAGGCAGUCUGGCCGGUAGACUGGAACAAACCAUGUCCAGAGAAGGACUUCCUCUACUUGGAGGAGUAUUUGGAAGAGGACGAGGAAGAGCCUAAACCUAAGGCCAAGUCUAAUGAUAAGGGAAAGGCGAAAUGGAAGGGAAAAGGGAAGGGGAAGGCAAAGGGAAAGAAAUAGAAUAUUUGGUCAACGUUCUCCGGAUGUUGGAUAACAAAUCAAUUACAAGAAGCUGCAAGAGUUGAUUCGAAUGUUCAAAAAUUACCCGGACAGUUUUUGUAAGCUGGAUUUGAGUUAAAACGUUGUAACGUUAUCUUGUGCGCAAAGCACAGUUACAGUAAUGAGAACACUUCAAGCAAACUUCUGUUG